AUGCUUUGGUCUGAUGGAUGCGAAUCAUGGUUCAUUCAUGAUGAAUUACCACAGCGAUGUCAAUUUAUUCGAUCCACACAACAAGAAGUACCCUUUAACUCAACUUCAAAUAUUGAUGAUAAUUUUUCUCAAAAAUAUUUAUCGAAUUGUAUUAAUGUCUCAUCCUCAAUAGUUCAACAAAUGUCAAGCGCGAUUUCUGAUCUUUAUUCUGAAUUCUGUCAGGGCGAUGCUAUAAUAUUUUCGUUAAAACCAACUGAAAUUUUUUCAAACGAGCAAUUUCACUCAAAUAUUAUUCCAUUAGUUUCAUCUGAUAUAACUCUACUCAGUUUUCUAGUUAUUAGUAUCGUAUUUGGCAAUCUUGAUUCUUAUUUAACAUUUUAUAAUGAUACUACGACUAGAUAUUUAGCUAAUAAUAUGAUAUUUUAUCACAUGAAUCACUUUGAAUGGUUUCGAGCUUUAGCUGUACCUUUACAAAAGAAUCUAAUAACAGACUGCUGGUGA